CGGACAGGGGCGGGUCCCUGCGUGUUCCCGGUAUGGGCGGGCCCCGCCCCGUUCCCGGUAUCGCCGGGGCCGCCGCCAGCUCCAUGUCUCGCAGGGCCAUGGGGCAGCCCCGGCGCAUCACCGACUCCUUCCCGCGGCGGCGGCGGCGGGGCCCGGGGCGACCCCCGGGCAGGCUCAAGGACAAGGACAAGGGCAAGGAGAAGGCGCAAGGGAAGGCGAAGGUGCGGGACCGCCCCCGCGCCGCCCCGCAGCCCCCGCCGGACCCGGCGCUCCUGGAGAUGCUGCGGCGCUUCGACCUCUGCUGGGAGUACGGACCCUGCACCGGGAUCACCCGCCUGCAGCGCUGGGAGCGGGCGCAGGCGCUGGGGCUGAGCCCCCCCGGCCCCAUCCGGGACGCGCUCCUGGAGCACCGCGACAACCCCCAUGUCACCUACAGCCUCUGGCACGAGUACGAGCUCUGAGUCGCCGCGCCGAGGGAGGAGAGGGGGGGGCCGUGCCCCCCGGCCGCCAUCGCGGGGGUGCUGUGUGCUGUCGGACGGGGGGCACAGGCUGGGGUGAAGCUCCUUGGGGCGCUGGGGGAGGGCGGGGGGUUGUACCCCUUCCAGAAUAGCCAGGCAGGGUGUCCAGGUGCCGGGACCCCCUUCCGUUUCCAUCCUCACUUCGGGGGCGCCCCGACCCCCCAGGAGCCCCCCACACCCCACAGAGGGUCCUGAUCCACAGUGAGGGGCUCAGCCGUCCCCCAUCCUAGGUAACCACCUCAGGAAUCCCACAGGAAGUUGACGUUGCCUAGGUAGCCAGAGCAAAAACAUGGAAUUUGGCGGUGGGUGGAACGAGACUGGGACCCCGGCGAAAAAAAAAAAAAAUCAGCUGUCAGGUUGGAGAAAGGGAGGUGGAAGCGUAGCAAAAAAAGUCCGAAAAUGGAAAAAAAAUUUAAAAUUAAGUAAGAAUGAGCUCAGGGAGGGUAUUAUGAAACUAGGGAUGCAGGUGACUAUGGAUUGUGCUGCUGUUGUCACACUGUCUGGCAGUAGGGAGGGAAGAGUGGACAAUGUCACGCGAGAUUCAUAAAAUUAAGAGCCUUAAAUAGCAGCUUUGAUGUGUGUAGUCAUAAAGUAAUAACGGGGAUGUGUUUGUUAAUUAUUUAGCUUAUUGACGACUUUAUUCAUCCGCUCUUUCUGUUGCUUAACCAAUAAAAUUGUUUGUUU